CAGACUUUCCCCUCUCUCGGGCUCUCUCUCUCUCUCUCUCUCUCUCUCUCUCUCUCUCUCUCUCUCUCUCUCUCUCUCUCUCUCUCUGCUUUGACGUGUCUGUGCUUCACCUCUGACCUGGACUAGAAAAGACUCUACCCUGAGAGAUGCUUUAAGAGUCAGCACCCCGAGAGCCCUGAGAGGCAGGAGGACUCGGUUGGCACAGCCGGCUCAGCUGCACGGAGCAGGAAGAUGGGCUCCUUUGGACAGGGGUCGGUGCUGGGAUGCUGCCUGUUCCUGGCCAUCACCUGGGGCCCAGUGCUGAGCCUUGUACCACGCGGUCAGCAGGAACCCCUGGAGUGGGAAGAGAAAGAGGAGCUGCGGUCUCCUCUGGACCAUGAGAAGAGGGAUGAAGAAACACGGGAGAAGUAUAGCUCCAGCCAGGGCGAACACGUUCCCACUUCCAGGUGUUACCGAUGCUGUGACCCUGGCAUGCCUGUGUACCAGACAAUCCCACCACCCCAAAUCAACAUCACCAUCCUGAAAGGUGAGAAAGGUGACCAAGGGGAUCGAGGCCUCCAGGGGAAAUAUGGUAAAACAGGCUCUACAGGUGCCAGGGGCCAUACUGGCCCCAAAGGGCAGAAGGGGUCCAUGGGGGCCCCUGGAGACCGCUGCAAGAGCCAGUACGCAGCCUUCUCUGUGGGCCGGAAGAAGCCUCUGCACAGCAACGAUUACUUUCAGCCCGUGGUCUUCGACACGCAGUUUGUGAACCUCUACAAACACUUCAAUAUGUUCACCGGCAAGUUCUACUGCUAUGUGCCCGGCAUCUACUUCUUCAGCCUCAACGUGCACACCUGGAACCAGAAGGAGACCUACCUGCACAUCAUGAAGAACCAGGAGGAGGUGGUGAUCCUGUAUGCACAGGUGAGCGACCGCAGCAUCAUGCAGGGGCAGAGCCUGAUGCUGGAGCUGCGGGAGCAGGAUGAGGUGUGGGUGCGCCUCUUCAAGGGCGAGCGCGAGAAUGCUGUUUUCAGUGAUGAGUUCGACACCUACAUCACCUUCAGUGGCUACCUGGUGAAGCCAGCCUCCGAGCCCUAGCUGCCGUCCCCUGUGGUACUGCCAGGGCCUGAUGACCUCCUGGCCCGUCACCCCUGCCUUCCGCAGACACUGGAGUCCUGCCCCAGGCUGACCCCAUGGCCCCUCCCUCAGUCCUGGCUUCUUUGGCCUUGGCUUCCUUAGUUUUGUUUUUUGACAAGAUGCCCGGUGGCUGGCUGGCUGCCGGGAAGCCCAAAGGGGCCCUGUGGUCCCAGGUCUGGCUGCGGCAACAGAUGAAAUCACUGGGCGGGGUGGGGUGCCUGUGAGGACACUGGGGGGCCUCCAGCUCCUUCUGUGUACACAGCCUCAGACGACCCUGCCGUGUGCUGUCCUGCAGCCGCAGGGUGUUCCAGAGCACCGCCCCUGUGUGCUCCCAUUCCUGGACAUAAUUAAGCAAAUACCACGGGUUUCAAAGUAACAAAGUAAAGCAGAGAGGAGACGGAAAGCAGAGUUAGUGUUGGCCUUUCAGCUAACUGGCUCUUAGAGAGAGGGAGCGAGCGAGCGAGCGAGAGAGCCAGGGGGAGGAGGGAGAGAGAGAGAGUUAGUCCUGGGGAAGGUGGGCGGAGACCCUGCACAGGAAUAUAUCUAAAGGGAAUCAUGAUCUACAAUGAACUCGCAGCAGUUUGUGGGUUUGGAAACCACACCUGACCUAACUCUAUUAAAGCCAUGCAUGAGCUUUCUUGGGGACAGCAGGACUGACCUCCGAGCUCUGUUGACUUGCCACAGCC